AUGUCCCAAAGGGAUGCCGAUAAAUUUGAGAUACUAAUUUCCAAGAGUGGAACGGUAUCAACAAAACCAAGAAGAGUUCCUACAAAACAAAGUCAUGAUCGUAGUGCGGUGUUUUCAAGAAGCUCUUCUAGAGUUCGAAAUAGUAUAAUACCUGAGCAAAAUCCAUUUACUCCUGGUUUGUCUAGACGACACACCUCUGCCGAAUCUCGAAAGCCGUUAGCGAAACCAGCAAGUUUACAGACAAAAAUUCCAUCAGGAUCAAGUGAACAAUUGAAUCUUAAGCGUUCGGAAACGCUGAGUCCUCCGCGUUUCGCAAGGAAGCCUUCAGCAAGAACAUGUGGAGCGUGCAACCAAACGAUUGCUAGUCAGUAUGUUCGCGCUCUUGGAAAUGUCUAUCAUUUGGAGUGUUUUAAGUGUUAUGACUGCGGUACUUUGGUUGCUAGUAAGUUUUUCCCAAUCAAUGCCCCAAGUCCUUCUGGUCAAGUCCCUUUGUGCGAAACGGAUUACUUUCGCCGGUUAGACCUUUUAUGUGCAAAUUGUGACAUGGCUCUUCGCGGUUAUUAUAUUACAGCACUCAACAAAAAGUAUCAUAUUGAACAUUUCACUUGUACUUUGUGUAACACUAUAUUUGGACCUAAUGACUCAUACUAUGAGCACGAAGGUGAAGUAUACUGUCAUUAUCAUUAUUCUACUCUGUUUGCGGCACACUGUUAUGGUUGCGAUGGGCCUAUUUUAAAACAGUUUGUUGAAAUCUAUAGAAAUGGCGCUUUUCAAAAUUGGCAUGUUCCCUGCCACAUGAUUUAUAAAUUUUGGAACGUCAAACUUUCUCCAAAGUCCUAUGAAACAAAAAUUCCUGAUAUCCAUUUAUCUCAUUCACAGCUACGGAAGCGUGAAAAGAAUUUAGAACAAAAAAUAUUCCACAUUUGGCAUGCUCUCUCCUGCUUCGAAGAGUAUACAGCUUCAUGCAUUAGUGACAUGUUGCUUAAUGUAUCAAAUGGAGCUUUCAAGCAAAGUGUUUUAUGCGCUCAAAAAUUCAUUCGUUACAUAGAAAUCCUUUUCAAAGGGAUUGAUUCAUUAGAAACUGCCCUUGCUAGUUUUCGUGCUAAAAGUAUGCCCUAUAUUCGAGAAGCCAAGCUACUUUGUAAAAAAUUAGUCUCUAUAUUCGCUCUAUUAGCUAAAUGUCAUAAUUCUGAUAUCCGGGAUGUUUCCGUGGUGCAGGACUUCCUUUCUCUCUUUACUGGUCUUGCUCACUAUUUGAAAUUACUAAUAAGGAUAUCUUUGACUGGUGGAUUACGUCUAGAACAAGAACAUUCUUGUAAGCAUGCACUACCACAAUUUUUGCUUAUUAUGGAAGAGUCAAAGUUCGUUGACCAAGGAAAUUACGACGAAUCCACCCUUGAUAUUUUUCUUCACCUUGCUCAUGCGAAUUCUGAUCUUUGUUUCGUUUGUCAUACUGCUCUUGAGGAAGAUUGCAUACUUGUUGGAGAGAAACAUUACCAUAUCGGCUGUUUAUCAUGUGCAAAAUGCGGAUAUACAAAUCGUGAAAAUUAUGAUUGGGCACGAUGGAAUUAUGCAUUAAAUCAGAUUGAAUGCUAUCUUUGCUAUACCGACUCCAGCGCUCCAAAUACUUCUGACAAGCAGCCUAUAUUUCAAUAUGUCAGUCGCCUGUCCCAGUAUACUUACUUGCUUCAAAUUGCUCUGAUUCGCUUAUACGCAAUACUCAAAGUUCAUGCUACUCAAGUAGCCAAUACUCCUCCUAUCAUAAAUGAUAGACCACCGUCUUCAUAUCGUCUAGCCACCGAGAAAAAACUCACAAAUACGGAAGCAGAUAGUUUUAAAAAAUAUGCUAAUACUUUAAAUGAUCUGCGUCGGCUUAAGUCUUCUCGUAGUCUGAAAGGCACAUCUGAGGAAUCUAAAGUCAUAUAUAAUCCAGAUGAAUCUGACUUUCAGGCUAGCAAUGAAGAUCCCCUUGUUUAUCAUAAUCACAUAUCAAAGCCGGUUGAUGAAUCUGAUAAAGCUACGAAUGGAGGAGUUCGCGAUGGAAUUCACACUAAUUUAGAGAGACGGAUGGAUGCGUUUGAUGAGAAUCGGGCAUUCACUCUGGAUGAUAUCCCUAAGGUCAUUGCGGAGCAAAGAAAUCGCGAGCAUCGACCAAAUGCGUUUAGGCAUAUGCCAAGUUACACUGAUUCUUCCGUAAGAAAAGGCAAUCGCUACAAUACUGGUAGCAGUGGUCAGCAAACUAUCAAAACGCCGUCUACAGAAACCGCCGCUCGGUAUUUGUCGGAACUCAACAACCUGGAACAACUAUUUGAAUUAAUGGAAAUGAGUGAUUUACGAAAGGGCGGUUUUUGGGAAAAGUUUGGUAAAGCAUUUAAAGGAAAAGAUAAUGAUAAAAAGAGCAUAAAAAAGAAAGGAACAUUCGGUGUUCCGUUAGAAGUGUUGGUUGAAAGAAGGAAUGCUUAUUCUGGAGAUCUUGUUAAUAAACAAAUUCCAACAUUCAUUGAUAAUACGAUUGCGGCUAUGAAGAAGAAAGAUAUGUCUGUUGUAGGUGUUUUUAGAAAGAAUGGUAAUAUUCGGCGAUUAAAAGAGCUUUCAGAUUUGUUGGAUACAUCACCGGAAAGUAUCAAGUACGAGGAGGAAUCACCUAUUCAACUUGCAGCAUUAUUAAAGAAAUUUUUAAGAGAACUUCCUGAUCCGUUGCUUACUUUCAAGUUAUUUGGGUUAUUCAUCACGUCUUCGAAGCUGGAAUCCGAAGAAGAGCGUCUCCGAGUUUUGCACCUGACGAUAUGUUUGUUACCAAAAAGUCAUCGUGAUACAAUGGAAAAUAUCUUUGGAUUCUUGUUUUGGGUCGCAUCUUUUUCCCAUAUUGAUGACGAAGUGGGAAGUAAGAUGGACAUACACAAUCUUGCUACAGUCAUUACUCCGAAUAUACUCUAUUCCAAAAGCAAUGAUCCAGUGGAUGAAAGUUUUCUUGCUAUUGAAGCUGUUCAUUCACUGAUUGAGAAUUUUGAAAAAUUCUGUGAGGUUCCUACAGAGAUUAGUAUGUUGUUGGAUGAUCCAGCCCUAUUCUAUAACAAUGCUGCAUGGACUUCCAAAGAGUUAGCCAAACGCUGUGAAGAUAUACUUACACAAAUGAGCGUGAGCGACCAAAUAUCUUCAAAGCAAGUCUCAUCUACGAAGCGCAGGAAGCAACCUAUACGUAAAGUUACUACUACUUUAACAUCUGAGUUUCCUCCAGGAUCUGAAGUAGCUGAAUCGACUGCUUCGUCUUCUGCCACUGAUAGGAAUGAUUUACUUGAGCGUAGUGUUGUUCAGAAUCCAGGUUUGAAACCUCAGCAGGCCAUAAUUAAAGAAACCUGA